GACCAAUCAAAACGCGAGACUUUUAUGCGGUUCUAUCCCAAAAACCGGGCCUGUGUCAUAACUACGGAUUGUUACCGUGAGUGAAAAAAAAGAAUUAUAUGAAGAUAAAAAAUAACUGUUGAAACAAAAAACGAUAGGGACAUGAAGACUACGAAAACGCGACGCUGUUCGGAGAUAGACAACGAGUUUGAAAAUCUGUACAAGAGGUUAAUAAGACCACCCAACAGCAAUGACAUGCGCUCUGAUGCCUUUAAAUACAGCAGGCUAGAUGAUAGGACAGAUCAAGGUCACUGCCUGUCCAGGAGAGCCAAUAAAGAAGCAGCAGCAGCCGUGCACUACAGCCCGACCCCGCUGCCUGUGCGCAGACUCUGGACUGAAGGAUCCAAGAGCACGCUGUCACCCCCCAGCUCAUGGUGUUCUAGCAGCCAGGGCUCUCGCAGCAACCUGUCCACAACCAUAGAAACAGAGAACCAGGCACAACAAGGGAGCGAGGCCCGCGUGCACCUCAGCAAGACUGAUGAACACAGUGCCUGGAGGGCAAGGAACCCUGCCGUACUUCCAGUGGAGGUGGUCUGCAUUAUAGAUGAUGAUGAUGAAUAUGAACAAGAUGGAGAAAGCAAAGAUGAGAAUGAUAACACUGUGUGUGAUGACGAUGACGGCCUGUCUGUGCAUUCAGGGCUGUCUGAUGCAGCCAACAGCCUCUGCACACAGUGUCUAGAGCUGUACUGGAGAAUGAGGAGUGAAAUGAAGCCAGUGACCAAGACAGUUGACCAUGAUCCUUCUUCCUUGUCCUGUGAUGAGUGGGUUUUAUUGAAAAGGCGCUUACCACGAAGAUUUCCACGGACCAGAGGAAAACUGUGGAACGUUUUGAGAAAAGUAAGAAACAGGAUUGAGAAGCAGGACCAGUUGGCCUGCGAUGGAAACCACAAGGAAAGAUGCUCCUGGCCACAUGUAUUCCUUCAGAGAAACCUGUUAAGAUGUACAAGAAAGGAAAUGCUUGCCAAAGGUAAGCAUGCAAAGAAGAAAAGAGAAAGGAGUCCAUCCUCCAAGGUGAAAUUCAAGAGGGCUAAACAGGAAGAGCAGAACGAUCUGAUUUAUGAGAUUAUUGAAGUGGAGGAGGAUCGCAGGGAACCUGGAGAAGAGCGCAAGGAGACAUGGAGAGACCCGCUGCUCAUUCAAGACAGCGAUGAUGAUAACGAAGUGCGCAGGACACCGAGUUCUGAUCUCUCCAAAUCCAAACGGCCUGCUCGCUUCACCGGACUCGCCUCUGCUUCUUGGUCUGCGAGGAGAGUGACUGAAAGGGACACAGGGAGGAGGGGCUUGAGUGUGGAACGGAGAAGCGCUACAAGGAAGGAGGGUUCAGAAAGUCGGGGCAAAAACAAGCCCCCUACUCCCAGCCGCCAGCCCACCUCAUCGGGUAACUUCUCCUGGCUGCGGACAGGGGGCUUCAGGUCCAUGCUUGCCAAGCUGGAAGCACCACAGACCACAGUGGUCAAGGAGAUCUGGUGAUGUGUGCACCAUUGCCAAGACCAUAACUAGAAUAAAAAAUAUAUGUAUACAGUACAGUGUAGGCUGGCUUGCUGUAAGUCAGUGGUGCACAACUCUGGCCUUGAGAUCCAUUGUAGUCUAGAUCUUUUAUUCCAAGCAGGUCCUGAAUUAGUUCAUCAAAGCUGCUGAGGGUCACUUCAUCACAGUUUGUAUGCCCAGUGGUACUCUUCAGACAGCUGGUGGUUCCAUACAGUGUGUAUUAUUGUUCAGUUCAAUUAUGUAAUAAUAAAUAUUGUUUGAGCGUUUUGGAAAUAUGCAAAGUACCCAGUUACCCCAGGGCUAAAUUCAAGUCACGAAAGCCUGGUUUCAUAAAGAGCCGAGGCUGGAAAAUGUAUGAAGGAGCUGAUGGUAAGUGUACUACUUGUUGAUGUUGGUGCUUACGAGCAGCUCAGCAAUGACCCUAUCUCCUAGGUGACCAUUAACCUUUGAACUUUCAUAUAUUGUUUGUUUCAGAUGAGUUAAAUAUUGGAGGGGUGACAGUGAACUGCAGUAGUGUUUAGUGAUUGUUUUGGAUCUGUGUCAUACGGUCUACCACGAUAAAAUGCAUGGUUGCCCUAAUGUAGUUAUUACCUUCUCUGCUGUUUGGACGUACGGGUUGUAUUAUUAUAAUAAUAAAUGCAGAAAGAUGUACCCAUGCUUUUGUAGACGCAGUAGUUCUGGGACAAAUAUUUGAAUAUUAACUGCUUGAAAUGUAUUAGUUUGCGUUACCAUGUUAGUAUUAAUUCAUUCACAUAACAAUGAUACAUUUCUGUAUUAAAAGGAUAUGAUAUAAAGAAAACCAAUGCAUAAAUAACGGCUGAAAUAAACACAUUCUACUGUACAUUAGUGUUUAACUCUGUUUUCUUCAAUAGGUUUUUGAAGUGGUAAAGGUUUAUUUUACUACUGAUAAUUUUGUAUUUUAGAAUUUUUUACUGAAAGUGUGUUUGUCCUAGCACUAACACUAUUGCUUUAUUAUUGGCCCUCUUCAAUUGACUGUUUUAGUGCAGUGUCUGGGAGUGUGUCUUUUAUUUACACUGGUUUAGGUAUCCCAUCUAAACUGUAGGAAUCAUUUUAAGUUGAAAUUACUUUUAUUUUCUGCAGGCUCUAUGUAGCAAAUUGUUUUAAAGUACUUGGUUUUACUUUUUUUUUUUUUUUUUUUUUUGCACAACUGAACCGAUCUGUAAAAUGUUUAUAUAACAAUGAAUAUUGAAACUUACUGUCUCAGUAACUUUUGUGGUUACUUAUAUUUUUAGAAAGAUAUCGACCCAUUGCCAACUGAACAGAUUACAUUAAGGUGGACUCCCUUUGGCAUGCAGUACAUCUUAAAUGUAGUGGGAUUUCUCCAUCACCUACAAGAUAUACUUUUUUGUUUUGUUUUUUUUAGAAAAUGUUUUGCAGAUUUUACAUUUUUUCUAUAAUAGCUAGAAAAUGUUGCUACUGCAGUAUUUCAUUUGUGAUAUAUGUAUAUGUUAAAAUGCCUUAAAAAGGUCUUCAAGUUUUAUUUCAAAAGGAAUAAAAAGCUGUAAAUAUGG